AUAAAUACUACAAGUGCGGUAUCUGAGAGUGUUAGUAGCAACGGCAGCGUUGAAGUUGAUGUUUUGUUCUUUUUAUUGUGAAUCUAUCUGAAUCGGACGACCCUGUGGAUUUACUACUGGGGAAAUAUUUAUUUAUAAAUCGUGUCUAAUUUAGAUUUUCUGAAAGUGUAUUUUCUGGGCAUUUAGUUUGACUGCAAAAUUUUGUGUGCUGUGAACAAUGUUGACCAAAACCGUCAAUCCAGUUUACACACACGUUGGAGGCGAUGGUAACAGCAAAACGCAGACAGUUAAGGAAAAGGAACCACUGGAGAAAAUGUAUCACUUGGGUCCUUUACUUGGAAAAGGUGGCUUUGGCACGGUGUUCUCUGGACAGCGUCUGACUGAUGGGCUGCAGGUGGCAAUAAAACACAUUGCUAGGAACAGAGUGGUAGAAUGGAAACUAUUGCCUAAUGAAACCUUGGUACCACUGGAAAUUGUACUGAUGACAAAGGUGAACAUGGGUAAUAGUGGUGGGCAUCGUAGUGUGAUUCGUCUCCUGGACUGGUAUGAGUCUGAUGAUGGCUUUUAUCUGAUCAUGGAACGUCCAGAGAAUGUUCAAGAUCUUUUUGAUUUUAUUACUGAACAUGGCCCAUUGCCAGAAGUUGUUGCUUGUAACUUUUUCCGGCAAGUGAUAGAGGCAGUGCAGCACUGUCAUGCUUGUGGGACAGUACAUCGAGAUAUUAAGGAUGAGAACAUUCUGGUCAGCCUGCGUACUGGGGAACUGAAGCUCAUUGAUUUUGGUUCUGGAGCAGUUUUACAGGACUCUUUGUAUACUGCCUUUGAUGGAACAAGAGUGUAUAGUCCUCCAGAGUGGGUUCAGUAUCACAGUUACCAUGCUGUCCCUGCAGCUGUUUGGUCUCUUGGAAUCCUUCUGUAUGAUAUGGUGUGUGGUGAUAUUCCCUUUGAGCACGAUGACGAAAUUGUAUGUGGAGAUCUCCGGUUCAGGCACAGGGUCUCCAAAGAUUGUGAGGAACUCAUCCGUUGGUGCUUAUCCCUUAACCCAUCAGAACGUCCUACCUUGGAACAGAUCCUUCUUCAUCCAUGGAUGCAGACUGAGUUGCAGCAAACUGAGGAUGAUUUUCGGGACCUUCGGGAUGAAUCCAGUAGUAGCCAGCAGAGUUUAUAGAACAUAUUGAAUUGUCAGCAGUGGAGUGGAAGAGAACUUUUUGUUACAUAGGACUGUAUUCUGUCACUCCUCUUGAACCACAAAGACUAGUAGAUAUAACAGCUUUAGAACUCCUCAAGUUCACUUAAUGUAGCCGGAGUUCACGUAAUGUAGCCUGGUUUUACAGGUCAGAACAAAACAAAUGCUGUAAUGACAAGCACGUAGAUGGACCCUACAGCUGGAACCCAGUGGACUUUCUUUUAAAGUUAACCUAGUUUUUCUGAAUUGAUUUUAUUUUUGUAGGAUACCGCGAUGCUGAUAUGAAUGAUCAUAGAUUACACUCAUUUUAGUUGGAGCCAGUUACAUUUGUAAAUUGGAGAAGUUAGUUGAAAGGAGCUUUUGUUGUAAAGUUUGUUCCCUAGCUUUUUGGGAGGGGGGGCUACUAAUUUUGUCCUGUUCUUUUGUAGUACAGGCAAUUUUUCACACGUUUUACUGUAGAUUGUGUAAACCAUUAACUCUUGCACUUAUCUCCAGUAUAUCUUGCCAUAAGAAAACCAGUCAUUUUGUACUGGAAAAUCUCAGCAGGCAAGUUUCCAAAAAUGUACCUUUUCACCCCAAUGGUCAAAGAUGGUCAGGGCUGAGGGAUUGCUUAACAGAAAAGAGAAAGCUGGGGGAUAUCUGUUGUAGCUUUUUGAAUAUUUUUCCCCUUUUAGUGGUAGUACUUUGACCCUUGUUUAAAAGGUAAAAAUCUGCUAAGAAUGGGUUUAAAUGAAAUGCUUUUGUGAGAUAGACAUAAUUGCAAGUAGUGGGCAAAUUUGUGUGUGCCUAGCAAGAAAUGUUUGAAUGCUCACUUCUCUUUUGGUAUGGAGGGUGUCCGUAAAGCAGAGCUAUUUUUUUUUAAC